AUGGACAUUUUUUUAAAUCACCGAUUCCAAGAGGAUGAGGAGCGUUUUAUAAAAUGCAAUGGGGUUGGGGAGUCUGAGAGUUGGGGCCCUGAGACUGGGGUAGCAACCCCUUUACCUAUUAAGACCUUCCCUACCUUAGCCCCUGGACCAGACUCAGUGGACAUUUGUGCAAUUGCUCGCCCUGGAGAGAACCAGAUCAUUUUUAAACCAGAAAUAAUUUUUUUUAUUAUUGUUACGGAUUCUAUUUUUUUCCUCUUCUGCGUUACCAGGUGUGUGUGUGUACAUAUAUAUAUUAUACAUAUAUAUAUUAUAAAUAUCAAAGAAAUUAUAUAUCUAUCCUGGGAUGGGAAAAUGAGGGAGGGAUAUGUUUAA